AACCGGACUUGCACGUGAGUCCCUGGGACCAGUUCCAGGCACCAUGCAGGUCGGCUUGGUACGGAUGCAGCCCGCGCCGGCGCCCAGGCCAGCACAGGUGCCGCAGUCAGCGCCGCUGCACUGCCACGCGCCGGUGCCGUCGGUGCCGGCCACGGCGCACGUGACGCCCGUGUCGUCGCCGUGCCAAGCGACGGUGUCGCAGAGCGUGCGCAACGUGCAGGGUCCACCUGGGACUGGCCUAAACAUUGGCCCGCCUGCACCCAGUGUGCCGCAAAUGUUGCGGCCAGCGGCGCAAGGCAUCCCAGGCAUCGCGCCGAAUGGGUGGAUCAAUCACCCAUCCUUCACGGCGGCACCAGGAUACAUGGCCCCACCAGCCACCAUGCCAAGCUUGCCAAGUUAUGGGACAGUGCCCGCCUCUGGUUCGGCCGCCGCUCCUGCUGGCGGGCCCAGAUGUCAGGUUCGAGUCCAGCCUCAGAUGAGUGCAGGGUACCAGCCAUCUGCACUGUCUGCACUGACUUCUCCCAGACGACCAGGUUCACCCAGCAAGUUGUCUCCUGGCCAAGAGGCUGCAGCCAGCAAGACCUCGAGAGGUAUGCGAUACUCUUCCGCAGGGCGCACCUAUGAGAAGGGGCAGACCAAUGUAGCAACAGUACUCGGUUCACACGAGUCCUCGCUUCACAACCUGACAGCCAGCAAGCCAGUGAAACCAGGCAGCCGCUGCUAUCGCAGCUCCAGCUGUAGUUCCAGCCUCGAUGGCAACUCCCCGAGGCGCGUACGUGGAGCCUUCGAAAGGGCACACAGCGCUGGUGUGCGGAUGGAAACCCCGCACCUCUCACGCGGAGCAACCGCCAGUUCCUCUGCCUUGUUGCUGGAGGCUGCAGGCCCAGUGCGCCGUAGCUCAGCUGGCAAUCUGCCAUAUAGUUUAUCCAGACAACGCUCUGGCAGACGACCAGGUAGCAAGUCGCCACCACGCCACACUGGGCAGGGAGUCUCCCGAAGGCCUUCAGGCGGCCAACCCCAUUCCAGUCGGGGCACGCCUGGGCGCAAGUCCACUGUUGCCAUUGCUGUGACUGGCGGCAACCCAGCCAGUGCCGCGCCCAACUUGACGGAGCCGGAGGCCGAGGCGGAGCCCCGACACAGCCAUGCAGAGAACUACCACGCACAGAUGGCAGCAGUGGCGCACGCAGCACAAAGAUCUGCUUACCAGGAGACACCGAGCAUCGCGGUGAAACCUACACCGGCACAAGUUCGAGAUCCUGGAGCCAGUGCGGGUCAGCUGCAACUUGCAGCACGCAUCUAUUCAUCGGAGAUCGUUCAGUGGAAGGACAUCCAGUUGACGAAACUCAUCAGCGGUGGCUCCUUCGGCGAAGUCUACCUCGCAAGGCAAGGUGGACGCGAGGUCUGCGUGAAGAAAUGCAUGACAGGGCCUGGUGGAGCGAUGACUCCGGAGCAGUUGCGCAACUUAGAAAGGGAGAUCAACGCCUACAGGAGCAUUGGCAAUCGCUGUGACCACAUUGUGAAGUGCAUUGGUUUCGUGUUCGAAACGCCCGACCUGGCACUGGUGACAGAGUAUUUGGAAAACGGCAAUCUCUUUGACCUGUUGUAUGUGAACCAGGUGGCACUGAAGGCUUCAUUGAGGUUGAGCGCGGCGAAUCAGACCACUCAGGCAAUUCAAUACAUGCAUGCGUUGACACCUCCCUUGGUCCAUCGAGACCUGAAAACGCAGAACUUGGUGCCACCGCAGAACGGGCAGAUGUGGGCGGUUAGGUGUGUCCGAGGUGCCACCGGGGAAGCUGAUAGAGAUUUCCACAGAUUUCUAGCGGUUGCGUUGGCGGUCGUAUUCUUCGCGUUGGAGACUCAGGGAAUGACAUUGGCCAGCGGCGAUUCCAAGCUGUGCACAUCCGUGUUCAGUGUGCUUGGUCGCCAAGGCAGGUGGCCCGAGGCCUGCUUUCUGCUCUCGCAGCGGCGCAGCAAUGAGGAGCAGCUCGACACCAUCGUCUACAAUGCCGUCAUCAAGGCAUGUGAGAGGAGCAGUGAAUGGUCACAGGCUCUGGGGUGGUUCAGCGAAGUGCGGCUCGCAGAGAUGGCUCCAGAUGUGGUCACCUUCAAUACGACGAUCACUGCGUUGCAGAAAGGUCAACAAUGGCAGCAGGCCCUGGUCAUGAUGGAGGAGGUGGAUCGUCACGUGACGCCGGACGCGGUCACCUGCGCAGCGGCGGUGCAAGCCUGUGGCCAAGGCGGACGCUGGGACAUGGCCCUUGAGAUCUUCUACAACGCAAGGGCGAGACUCGAUGUGCAGCUUGACGUGGUGUGUUUGAACACUCUGGUGAGCGUUUGUGGUCGCUGGGAGCAGUGGCAGUGGGCCAUCCAUUUGCUGGAAGAAAUGAGACCGGACGUGGUCACCUACAAUGCCAGCAUGGAUGCCUGUGCGCGUGGUCAGCAGUGGCAGAGAUGUUUGACCUUGUUCGAUGAAAUGUUCCACAGCAUUCUGUAUCCCACGAUCAUCUCCUACAACACGGCCAUUUCGGCUUGUGAGAAUGGGCCUUGGACUUUGGUCUUGGCAUUGCUUCAGGACUUGCGACAGCAAGGCCUAAAAGCCCGUGCUGACACAUACAGCGCGGCCAUGGCGGCAUGUAGCAAGGCCCAGCAGAAUGACUUGGCACUGCAACUCCUGCCCAAGGUUCCAAGUCGCUUCACCCCAUCCAGGCAGUUACUGGUGGCCUACAACACUGCCUUGAAUGCCUGCGCCAAGGGUCACUAUUGGAUGCAUAGUUUGCAGCUUUUGGAGGAGAUGUCCUCCACUGACGUCUCCGUGUCGCCGGACGUGGUGUCGUUCAGCUCUGCGUUGACGGCCUGUGGCAAGGGCCAACACUGGCAGAAGUCAUUGGCAUUGAUGCAGGAUCUCAAAGACAGAUCCCUGCAGAUGAACACCUUUCUUUGCAACGCAGCCAUGGAUAGCUACAGCCGAUCCUCUCAGUGGCAGGCGACCUUGGCCUUGCUGGAGGACAUGCGAAAGCAGAGCCAGCAGCCCAGCAUGGUUGCUGCGACCCUGGCUGUGAGUGCAGCCGCAUCUGCCGCUGAAAGAGCCGUGGCCACAGACUUGCUUCAUCACCUCCAGCAUUUUCCUGAUGAAGCCGCCUACCUGGGCAUGCUCACUGCUUGUCAGGAAGGCUCGCUGUGGGACCUGGCUCUUCAUUUGCUGGAUCAAGGACGGCAAGCUCAACGGCAACUCCGGACCGAGGAGGAGUUGCCGUCCCAGCAGCUCUUCAGUGUGGCCAUCUCGGCCCAGAAAAAAUGGGAAGCAGCUCUUGCUGUUCUCGCUGACAUGAAACAAGAUGGGCCACAACCCAACCUGGUGGUGUUGAACGCUGCAGCCAAAGUGCUGUUCCACUGCGGCCGUUUGUCGGAAGCUUUGGCGCUCUACCGGGACGCGGAGGACCAGGGGUUGGCAUCUGCGGAGUGGCUGAAUACCGGCCGCUUCCCAGAAGCUGACUUGGAUUUGCAUUGCUUUCCUGUUGAAAUGGCCAAAUUGGCGGUGCUCAGCUCCCUCUUGGAUGCCGCACUGGGUGUGAAGCGUCAGGGCGCAGGAGGUUUGCUGCUCGUCACUGGCGCCGGAGGCCACGGCGGAGGCCCAGUGCUGGGCCCUGUACUGCGAGCGUGGCUGCAAGAGAUGGGACUUCCAGUGGAGGACGGCGAUUGGCACGGCACGCGCGGUCGCCUCUGGUUGAGCGAAGAUGCCAUCCAGGAACUCACCGGAAGCAGUGAACAAAGUGCUGGAUCAGCAGUUCAACAUCAAAGUCUGUGA